CAUGACUUGCUGUAAAUGUCCUAUUGACAAUUUCUGUGUAAAACGACCCUGAGGUCGGGAUAUAGAAUUAAUAAUUAAAGAGACGGUUAAAGAAUAUAAGGUUAAAUCAGGUUAUACAUAUAUCUUUUUGGAGUAAGUUUUAGCAAGACUUGUAAGCAAUGAGGAUAUUUCUGUUGGUUUUACUAGUUUUCAGCAUAACUGUUUAUGCUGAUAGCUCAGUAGAAUGUGAUACAGCUAAAGAACUCGACAGACAGAAGAGUGGAAACACUCAUAACACAUUAAUAUUAGGAUGGUAUAAGAUGGAAGACCAUAAGUUACUCAAUGAAGCUGAUAUUCCCGCAUCAUGUGCAUGGAUAAAGUCUCCGAUAUGGGCGAAAGGGUCCUUCCCAGUUAAUGAAGGUGAUGAAGCAACCCUAGAAGGAUGUGUCUAUACUAAAGGAAAUAAUUGCAUCUCAAAGUAUAGCAUUAGAGUUCACAACUGCGGAGAACAUAAUGUCUACUAUCUCAAUGCAACUGCUACACAGGACGAAGCUUAUUGUUUCACUCGCGAAAAGGACUACGAUGACGAUGAUGAUUGUGAAGAACAAACUAAAGAUUACGGGAAGAAGUUUCAUCGAUGUCAUCGAAACAAUCGACAUGUUGUUUUGGUCAUCGGAUCUAUUAUAAUUGUUGGUGUAAUAAUCGCCAUGGUUGCUAUAUACCUUUGGAGAAGAAAGCGCCUGGCAGCUUUGCUUAGAAAAGAAAUGUACAAAGAAACUCCACAACACAGAGAUGGUCCAGUUGUCGUUACUACCAAUGAUAAUCUCCCUCCUAAGAAAUAUUAAAUCAUAUCGGAUGUUUACAGCAAGUUACUAUCACAACAAACCACUAUAAUCACGUGGUUAUCAAGACAGUUGUCAAAAAGAAGUAAAUCUCAUUUUGUAGAAUAUUUUUAGUCAAUUUCUUAGAUUUACAAUGUACAUGGAUUCCUAGAUUCCGCACGCAGGCGUGAUUUUUAUUAUUGAUUUCUUAUAUUUUGAUGAUGUUGAAUUGUUGUUAUGUUUUAUUCUGUUCAUGAUAUUUUAUUUGUAAAUAUGUUUCAUUUGAAGUAAAGUAUUGUCUUGAAAAAUAACAAAAUAACAAAUAAUUUCUUGAGAAAUGCAAUGCACUUCAGUGAC